AGGACAAGAGAAGCCGCACCAGCUGUCUGACAACCGCCAAGCUCGGAUCCGGACACGGUCUCUAAGCCGGUACCGCAGUGCCUUCCCUGUCACCUCGGCAGGUUACAGUUAGAGCAUCCCUCCGCCUAGCCCGGGCUCCCUCCCCGCCCCCCACGAACUCGGGUCCCCAGUGUCCUCUAGAACGCCGGCGUGGCUGUCGCGCUUCGAACCCCCUCGCCCACCCUUGUCCACCCUCUCGCCCUGGACGCCGGCGGCCGUGUCUCUGGCCAGCCUCCGGCCCCGCAUCAAUCAUUAACGCGGCGGCCCCAGCGGCCGCAGCCCUCUCGAGAAGGGGGGGUGAGGGGGGAUGGUAGGAGACGCAAGACAGGGGACACCUCCAUCCCCCGCCGCGGCGCAGACACCCUAACCCCGGGGGCCCCCGCCCUACGCGGCGCCGCCCUCCCCCGCCAGCGCCUCGCGCACAUCCCGCCUCUCGCCGCCCGCCCCGCGCGCACGAUGCCCAGUCACCGCCGCGCCGCCGCCGCCGCCGCCGCAGUCAGAGUCAGCCGCGCCACCACCAUCGCCGCCACCGCAGCGCGGCCGGCCGCGCGCUGAGAGACGCGAGCGUGGCGAGGACGCCGCGGGCAAGCCGAGCGCGCAGCAGCAGCAGUAGCAGUAGCAGCAGCAGCCUCCCGCCCGGUGCGCCGAGCACCCCCACCACCACCCCCCGGAGCAGCCGGCUUCCAAGCCGAGGCCGCGUAGCCAACCUGCGGCCGCGAUCCCGCGCGCGCGCACAAAGGCUCCGACGGCGAGCGGCGCCCGCCGUGGCCUCGCGCGCGCCCUAGCUCAGCCCGGGGCACCAUGCCGCGGCGCCUGCAGCAGCGGGGCGCGGGCGCGAAGGGACCGCCCGCCCCGACCUCCCGGCGCUCGCAUCCCGCCUCCGCCCCCCGGAGCCCGCCGGCGGCCACAGCCAAGCCGCUGCUGCGCUGGGACGAGGUGCCCGAUGACUUCGUGGAGUGCUUCAUCCUGUCCGGCUACCGGCGGCUGCCGUGCACCGCGCAGGAGUGCCUGGCCUCGGUGCUGAAGCCCACCAACGAGACGCUCAACUUCUGGACGCACUUCAUCCCGCUGCUGCUGUUCCUCAGUAAGUUCUGCCGCCUCUUCUUCCUGGGCGGCAGCGAUGUGCCCUUCCACCACCCCUGGCUGCUGCCGCUGUGGUGCUAUGCAUCAGGGGUGCUGCUGACCUUCGCCAUGAGCUGCACGGCGCACGUGUUCAGCUGCCUGUCGCUGCGCCUGCGCGCCGCCUUCUUCUACCUGGACUACGCUUCCAUCAGCUACUAUGGCUUCGGCAGCACCGUGGCCUACUACUACUACCUGCUGCCUAGCCUGAGCCUGCUGGACGCCAGGGUCAUGACGCCGUACGUGCAGCAGCGCCUGGGCUGGCACGUGGACUGCACCCGUCUGAUCGCCGUCUACCGCGCGCUCGUGCUCCCCGUGGCCUUCGUGCUGGCCGUGGCCUGCACCGUGGCCUGCUGCAAGAGCCGCACCGACUGGUGCUCCUACCCGUUCGCCCUGCGCACCUUCGUCUUCGUCAUGCCGCUCAGCAUGGCCUGCCCCAUUAUGCUAGAGAGCUUGCUCUUCGACCUGCGAGGCGAGAACCCCACACUCUUCGUGCACUUCUACCGCCGCUACUUCUGGCUGGUGGUGGCCGCCUUCUUCAACGUGAGCAAGAUCCCCGAGCGGAUCCAGCCGGGUCUCUUCGACAUCAUCGGCCACAGCCACCAGCUCUUCCACAUCUUCACCUUCCUCAGCAUCUAUGACCAGGUGUACUACGUGGAAGAGGGCCUGCGCCAGUUCCUCCAGGCACCUCCUGCCGCCCCCACCUUCACGGGCACAGUGGGCUACAUGCUGCUGUUGGUGGUUUGCCUGGGGCUGGUCAUCAGGAAGUUCCUGAACAGCACCGAAUUCUGCAGUAAAAAGUGAGCCUCCACCCCUCCCGGAGGAGGCUAUGGUUUGCCCACCUGUUUGCGUGGAAUUUCUGUUGUUGUUGUUAUUGUUGGUUUGUUUUCAAGUUUUGUUUCCUUCUUUGCUAGAAGAGGGUGCUGCAGGCCACAAGGAAGAGUUCUCUGAUAGUUGGGGAAUCCCAAGUCCACUUCCUUUGGAAGAGGGAGAUGAGGAUGGAACAGAAGGAAGAGGGUCUCCGGGAAGAAAAUUAGGGACUGUCUAUGAUAUCCAGGGAUUUUUGUAAACACAGUGAGGAUUGUGAUUACAGAUGGAGCCCCAAGCAAUUGGCUUUUCUGAGAGUCUUCUGUGUCCCUUAGUGAAGGCAGGUGUGCAGUGCGGAGGGUAAACACAAAGCCCUGGCCGCUUCUACUGAGGUCUAGAAAUGCUUGGGUCUGUGGAAAGAGUGCAGCUUUCUUUGUGGAGAAAUGGGCACAAAGACACAAACCCGGGCCUUAACCCGCCAGACAAUGCAUGGAAUGUGAACACAAGUUAAUUAUUUCGAAAUGUGUAUCAGAUGUUAUUUAAAUGAUAAUAUAUUCAAUGAUUUUUCGUAAUUUAUCGAAGCCUGUGAGAUGCACUGAAUUUCCUUUGUCACAUAGUUUUGAUUUCUGUAGCCUUCUGCAUUGCACACGGGAACUGGACAUUAGGGCUAGCUGCUUGAGAGUUCUCGACUACAUUUUUAAACAGUGUUCUGUGAAGGCCUCUGAGUGUCAUGAUAAAGCUGUGAAUGACUACUUAGGGACUCUGAUUAGACUAUUGGUUAGGCUCCGGUGGUUUGUAUAGGUCUCCAAUUCCUACUUACUUUGAUGUAUUCCACAAAACCCAUCCUGGGUUUUUGUCUGCCCCCCCCCCUUUUUUUUUUAUCUGAUUCUUUCCUCUCUACUUACUUAAGUUGCCACUAAAAUAAAUGUGCCUUUUGAAGCAA